AUGCUCUCAUUCAUUUCAUGCGCGCUUUUAUUGUUUGCGCCCACUGCAUUAGCACAACAUGAUCAUGCCAGUAUGAUGGGCGACGAGCCUGUACCUGCCUUCAAUGCUACUGGAAAUGAGCCCAUGUCCUACGCUCUUUUUCCUGCUGAAAAGGGAUACUUUUAUAUUCAUGUCGCUAUGAUGGUCAUCGCAUUUUGGAUUCUUAUGCCAAUUGGUGUCAUGUUGGGUAUUGCUAAAUCAUCACUUCAUGUGCCUGUUCAAUUGUUAUCUUUUUGUUUCGCCAUGGUUGGUUUCUUCUUUGCUAAAUUAUAUGGUCAUUCUACACCUCAUUUAUACGCUGGUAAUUCACACCAUACACUGGGCUGGAUUUUAUUCUUGUUCAUGAUUGUUCAAAUGACUGUGGGUGUUGUGCGCAAAAUUGCCAAUGCUGUAGGUAAACAUAAUCAAUAUAAGCGAGUAGACGAAGAGGAAGAGCAUUUCCUUCCCGACUCUCCGUCUACUUCUUCCUCGAGUCAUAGUCAACAUUCAGAUCUCCAAAGUGAAACAAGCGGUGAAACCCUCCAUAUGAACGAAUUUGACUUUGGCAAACACAGUCGCUCCACUUCUUUUGAUACUGACCAUCCAUCCAACAUGUCAAGCCAGAACUCCGCACAAACGGUCACGAUGCACAUGUUUAAUGCAGUGUCACCCUAUAUACCCAAUUUCAUUAAAAACGCAUUUGUCAACUUGGCCUACAAUCGAUUCACUACUGUUGUCUGCCGCUAUUAUCACAUGGUUAUGGGCCGCACUUUUAUUGUAUUGAUCUUUGUUCAAACAUUGAGUGGCCUAGUAGUCUAUCAUGGUGUCUGUCGAUCUUGGGAAGUCCUUGGCUGCAUUGCUCACUUAAUUAAGGGUGGCAUCUUUUUCUUUUAUGGUAUUGGUACCUUUGGUCGCUAUUUGGGUGCAUUUGCUAACCGUGGAUGGGCAUGGAACCGUGUUGAAAAUGGCUCUUCUUUUAGUUUUGAAAUGAUUGAGUGCUCUCUUAUCUUUAUUUAUGGUAUUACUAAUACUUGGAUGGAGCAUUUCGGUCAAGAUUCUCGCUGGACACACAAGGACCUCGAACAUGCUAGUCUGGCCUUUAUGUGGUGGUGGUGUGGUCUCAUUGGUAUUUUGGUUGAAAGCCGUGCUCUUCGUCGUCUGCUGGAACGCACUGUACUCCAAACAAACAACCUAGAUAAGAAGGAUGGAUAUUCAUUGAAUCCUUUCCCUGCUAUUACUGUAUUGAUGACAGGUGUCUCUAUGGGCAAUCAUCAUCAAGACACUCAAUACUCUAGCAAUGUCCAUUAUAUGUGGGGCCUCUUGUUGUCUUUUGCUGCUCUCUGUCGAUUUAUGACUUAUAUCACACUCUAUCGCAAUCAACCUCAAGAUGCUCAACCCUCUCGUCCUCCCAGUGAAUUGCUCGGUGCAUUCUUAUUGAUCUGUGGUUCUAUCUUGUUUAUGGCAUCCAAUUCAGGUACCAUUCUUUGGUUGCGUAGAAACAAUGUGGAUUCCAUGUUCUUGAUGAAUGUCUGUGUUGCUCUGACAUCCAUUACACUUUGCUAUGUUGCUGCCAUGCAAAUCAUUAAAGCAUGGGCAGAAAAGCGUGAAGCAUCAAAGAAAGCCUCUUACUAA